AGGUGUAUAACAUGCCAUAUCGAUGAUGCUAAGCAGGCGUAUUUGCAAGGGAGGGACAAGGCUCUGCACAGUAAGUGCUCAGCGCUAUGCUGGGACGCAAAGCAGGUUCGACUCCCGGGAUCAUUACCAGCUGUUGGGCGUUGAAAGAAAGGCUACGAGUGAGGAAAUUAAGAAUGCUUUUUUCACAAUGUCAAAGAAGUUGCACCCUGACAGUGACCCAACAAAUCCUCUCCUGCACUCUCAAUUUGUACGCCUGAGUGAGGCCUACAAGAUACUUAGCAGGGACACGUCCCGCAGGGAAUAUGAUCGACUGUUGGAUGCUGUACAGAGGGACCGUUUGACCUAUGGGGCUCGGAGUUCUUAUUACAGUCAAACCUCAUCCAGUGCUGCCGCAGAUGAUAAUGCUCGCUACUGGUCCCAGUUCUCUGUUAGGAGAGAAGAGCCUACACAGCGCCGGCAAGGCCGCAAUGGGCGUUUUGUUUUGUACUGCGUUCUGAUAAUGGCUGGAAGUCUCACAAUGCAUUAUGUGGGCUUUAAAACUUUACGGGAAAUCCAUAAUGAAUUUAUGGAGAAGCAACACCAGCGAAUCCUAAAGAUAUAUAAUGAGGCCAAAGAAAGAGCCAGGGUGAAUGGGUUCAGGAAACAACAGGACAUACUUCGUCAGAAACAUGCAGAGUUCACAGAGAAGUACCAUCCGAAAACCCAGCAUGAAGAAUCCAAGAAAUAAGAUGUUGGAUACAAUAACAGUAUCUUCAUGGACCUGCAGGAAAUUCCAAUCUGUGAUUCACCUGCUCUUGCUGAUUGAACCCCACAGCAUCACAGGGGUUUGUAGUUCAUCAGCAACUGCAGAAACAAUGGUUGGAUUUCCUCUGCAACCAAUUUAGUUACAAGAGCUUUUCGCCAACGCUGCAGAGUGCAGCAGGUUGAAAGAUUAUCUUACCUCAAAUAUUUUUAUCUUUGGUUAUUCCCUUUUAAAUAAAACAAAAUACAUAGAUGUGUCUGUUAAUAACUUUA